AUGGGAUGCUGCACUGGGCGCUGCACGUUGAUCUUCCUUUGCACGCUGCAGCUGCUAGCUGCACUGGAGAGACAAAUCUUUGACUUUCUGGGAUUCCAGUGGGCUCCCAUCCUUGGCAAUUUCCUGCAUAUAAUAGCUGUUAUUUUGGGUUUGUUUGGAACCAUCCAAUACAGACCUCGGUAUAUAGUUCUGUACUCCAUUUGGACUGCUCUCUGGGUCACAUGGAAUGUUUUUAUUAUCUGCUUUUACUUGGAAGUCGGUGGUCUAACUAAGGAAACAGAUCUCAUGACCUUUAACAUCUCAAUGCAUCGAUCUUGGUGGCGAGAACAUGGGCCAGGCUGCAUACGAAGAGUAGUGCGCCCGUCAGCUCCUGGGAUCAUAGAUGAUAUUUCCUAUGUCUCUGUGACAGGUUGCAUAAUUGACUUUCAGUACCUAGAGGUCAUUCAUAGUGCCAUCCAAAUUCUACUCUCUUUGAUUGGCUUUGUUUAUGCCUGUUAUGUGAUUAGUGUUUUUAUGGAAGAAGAGGACAGCAGUAAAUACUGA